GGGGCCUGCGGCGGACGGCGGUGUCCUUGCACCGCAGCCCCGGUCGCCGGUUUACUCCGGGCGGUCAACGCGGUGCGGCGUCUGUGACUCUGAGAGGCCUGCAGGUGGCAUCACCAUGUUGUGCCGGGCGGCGAGCAGCACGAGCCGGAAGCUGGUGCCGGCGUUGGGGUCUCUGGGCUCCAGGCAGAAGCACACCCUCCCCGACUUGCCAUACGACUAUGGCGCCCUGGAGCCACACAUCAACGCCCAGAUCAUGCAGCUGCACCACAGCAAGCACCACGCGGCCUAUGUGAACAACCUGAAUGCCACCGAGGACAAGUACCAGGAGGCGCUGGAGAAGGGUGAUGUUACAACUCAGAUAACUCUUCAGGCUGCACUAAAGUUCAACGGUGGAGGCCAUAUCAAUCAUAGCAUUUUCUGGACAAACCUGAGCCCUAAUGGCGGUGGAGAACCCAAAGGGGAAUUGCUGGAAGUCAUCAAACGUGACUUUGGUUCCUUCACCAAAUUUAAGGAGAAGCUGACCGCUGUAUCUGCUGGUGUUCAAGGUUCAGGUUGGGGUUGGCUUGGUUUCAAUAAGGAGCAGGGACGCUUACAGAUUGUUGCUUGUCCUAACCAGGAUCCCCUGCAGGGAACAACAGGUUUGAUUCCACUGCUGGGAAUUGAUGUGUGGGAGCAUGCUUAUUACCUUCAGUACAAAAAUGUCAGACCUGAUUAUCUAAAAGCGAUUUGGAACGUAAUCAACUGGGAGAAUGUAACUGAAAGAUACGUGGCUUGCAAAAAGUAAAACAUGAGCAUUGCACAUAAACAUAAAGCUCUUUAUUACUAUUUUUGAGUAGUGCAGAGUACUGCAAUAUACCCAUAAAGCUGCUCUAUCGUAGAGAUCUGAAUGUAGCUUAUUCAAGUAUUUGAUAAACAUAAUGUAGUGCCGUGAAUCAUUUCUUGUUUUAAAAUUUUGUUAUUGAGCAACUGUUUGAAAGUGGUAAAUGCUGUCUUUUGAUUGCACAUUUUCUUCAGAGAGCUAAAAUACCUGGGAGGGUAUGAAUGUCAUCACAAAGCCAUCAAAAACAUUGUAUCCCUAUUUGUUGGGGCCUCUAGCAAAGGCUUUCUAAUUUGUUUCUAUUGCAUUUACAGAAAAUCUAGUCUUUUGCCCCAGUUGUUAACAAUAAAAUACUAAAUUUAUUCCCCAAGCAAUAGUCAGCUAGUCAGCUUUCUACUAAAAAUUUCUCUUUUUGUAAGUAAUCCUCUGUCUAGGAUAUCACCCAGUGGUCUUUAUUUAUGGUCACGUGUUGCACAAAGUUAACACCAUUUGUCAUUUAAAAAAAUAUAACUUGAUUGCUAAUUGAGAAUUGCUUUAUUAUGAGAAGGAAAUAGUUCUGCAUCUGAAUUUUUUUUGUAGAAAGAAAUACAAAGACCUUUACAUGAAAAUUUGUCCUCAAACAUAGAAACGUGUGUUGCAUAAGUACUCAAAGUGGGUAAAUUGGGCCCAGUUGAUGAAAUCAGUGAUAGGGAUGAGGCCACUGGUCACUGGCCAGGCGCUGGCCUGGCCCCCUUCUUUCAGGCCUGUUUUGAGCAGCUUUCUCAGAAGCACCCAGCAUGGUCAGGCGUUGCCUUCCCAGCGAAGACAGGCAAAGUGGCUCCUGGUCUUAGCUGCGCCUCCCCCAAGAAUAUUCAUUUUCAAAGACUUGUUUUUGAGUUAUUCUAGCCAUUUGAUGCUGUUUUUCUCUUUCUUUAGAAAAAUGUGCAAUCUCUAUAGGAGCUUUAUAUUGUUGAAUUUUUUUCAAUAAAGGGAAAACUACACCCAGAAUACAGCGACACAGCAUGUCAGAUUUUGUUCCUGUUCUGUUGUAAACGGAGCUGUUUCCAGGUAGCCCAGAGCCUUUGAGCAUCCCACGUUUCAGCAUCUUCCUCAUCAUCUUUAAUGGCUGUAUAAUAUUUUAUCAAUUGGACAGUUCCUAAUUUAUUUUACAGUUCUAUUACUGAAUUUUACAUUUGUUUCUAAUUGUUUAUUACAAAUAAUGCUGUGUUGAGCAACCCACAUAGGUUUUACCUUCUAUUGGAAUAUUUUCUCUAUAUAGGUUUUUUCUUAAACCUAUUUAGUAACAGGAUGUUUUCCCAGUUUAUUUUUGAUUUUUUUUCACCACUUUAUUUUCCUGUUUGUUUUUUUUUAAUUGGAAAGAUGGAGUAACUUAGCAGUUUCAAUAUUGAAGACUGAAGUUUAAAAAAAAUUAAAUUCAAAGCACUUUUCUUUUAGAAUUCAAUUAGAAAAGCUUCUGAAUUGUCAAGUGUUGAAGAGACUGAUGACUCUGAGAGUGUGUGUGUGUGUGUGUGUGUGUGUGUGUGUGUGUGUGUUUAUGCUUACAGAUUGAAAAUACUUGAGAGACUGAUUAUAAACCACAUUAAAAUGGCUUUCAUGAAGGGCAAAUGGAAGUCAGGUGAUUACUGCUUACAUACAUAAUAUAUAUAUGCUGAUAUAUUUAUACACAAGGCAAUGAACUUUAAACAGACCUAGAAAAGUAGGACCUUUUGAAAGAUGGUCUUUUGAGUACGAGUAGUCUGCUAGAUCAUGGUUUGUAUGGAACUGAGUUGUGUAGAGACUACUGAUUUACAUAAAACUUUUUGACUCUUAUUAAGUUUUAAGAUUUCAAAAAAAAAAUUGAAUGUUGAAAUUUUUAUGGGGCCCCAUUUUUGCUUUGGCUUUAUGUUGAGGGAACGAGGAAAAGCACACUGUCCUCUAAGGUUUUGCUUUUCCCUCUCUGUCAGAUAGAUUUUUAAGAGCCUACGAUAAUGUAAAGAUUUUAAUUAUCCAGCAGAAAAUGAAACUAAGGUUCUGUUUAGCCCUGUUUUUCAUAACAGAAAAGAAACAGAAAAGGUGAAAUAGCCGUUUCUUUUGAAAAGAACAAGCAUUGUUCAUCCAGGAAGGAUAUUUGUGACCGAAACAGCAGGGCAUGCUCUAGUCUUGAUAUGCUUCACAAACCUUAGCACGAUUCGUGCUGCAGGGGAAUAGGACACAAACAGGUCUGUGAAAUAGCAUCUGUUGCCUGAACCAUUGGAUAAUUAUACUUAAUAUUGAGAAGUUACAACUUAAUUACUCCUCAAGUUCAGGAUCUUAUAAAAUGAGAUUUGAAUUUCUGUUGGGUACCUUUAAAAAAGUAACAUCAAAAUCAUAUAAUUAAGAUUGAUGUGUGUUGUGAGUCAUAUCUAAAACUAGGUAUAAACACAAACUUUGUUUCCUGUUUUAUUUUCAGGGAUACUACUGUUUGGGAAAGCUAUUAGGUAACUUGUAAAUCACUGUCUCUCAUCUUUAGUCAUAACCUCAUGAUCCAGCAAGCUAAUGUCCUGUCUUCUAAGAUACACAUAGUACAUACUAAAAAUCCUAUAAGGUCCUGGAUAGUUUUCACUUAAUUCAUUAAAGAAACAUUUAUUUUCCUAAUGUAAGUGUGAAAUUUUUUGAUUGUUAAUAAAAGAAUCUUUCACCUAUCAA